AUGACCAUGAAUCGCUCCGUGUUGGUGGUCAAUCAUGGCGCUUUGUCGCUCGCUCCGCGGGGGAUCGAAGCAGAUGUUCGUGGUAAUGCACAGGAUAUCUAUUCUGAUGCGGACCACGUCUCUUCACUUUCUUUAUCUCCACCUGCAUCGAAGCCAACCACAGUUAUACCUGGAAUGCAAGAAAUUUUUACGAGGUUUUCUUCGCCGCCACAUCCUUCGCCGAUUCUCGCUGCUACCUUGGGUGGCUAUAACAGCCAAAGUGAAUGCUAUGUGAACGAAAUGGCUACCACUCGAACAACAUCCAGUUGUGUUACCACGCCGCAGUCGUUAUAUUCAGACCCGAUCAAUUCCGCCGAGGGUCAAAGCAACUUCGAAAAUUCUUUCGAAGCUUCGUCGUCCUCUGCCAUAGAUCUCGUCGAUUUUCCAUCCAGCUUGAUGCCUAAUGCGUUGGAUGAUUUUGAGUCGCUGGGCUGUGAUCCGCAUGCUGAUCAUUUAGCGGACGAGGCGCGUCAGGCCAUCGAAGGAAUACAACCCAAGGAUUGCCCCAUUCAGCUAGAUGAUGAUGAAAUGGACAUUGUUCCCAAUGAAUUGGUUCAAUUUGUGAGUGAGUCGACUCGCCGAAUCCGAUGUGUGGCUACAAGUGGGUUGUCUGGCGGUGAUUCUGAUUUAGACGAAAUGGACCACGAUGCCCGCAUUGCGUCGCUUUGUUUGCCGAUUUUACAGCCACCAUCAUUGAUUUCUUCUCAUGUAUCAGAUGGUAUGCGGCCUCCAUCUCUGUCGCCACAAUCACCGGCGGACGGUCCCCUUGUGGCGGGGAAUUCAGAUGAUUUAACGGCAAUAGAGUUUACUCGAGCCUAUCUAUCUGAGCCAGCUGAUUCUCGUUCCACUCUAAGUGAACCAAAAGAUUUUGAAACCUAUCAUUCUAUUGAUCCUAUGAAUGAAUUCAAGACCAAUUCUGACCCAGAUGUCCCUCCUUGUGAAAGUAGAACACCCGAAAAUCAGCAGACUAAGCCGGAAGAUUCUGUGUUGUCUCGAGUCACAACACGUGUAGUUUCUGCUCCAGUGCUUGGCCAGUCAACACCUUUAUCGAGUUCGACACAGCCCAGCGUCACUUCAUCUAUUCUUCCUCCAGGAGCGGUUCAGCUAAUAGCACAAAGCACUGUACCAUCAUCCACACCCAGCACAUUUACCUCACCUCAGUCGUCAAUAUCAUUUCUCUUAACCACAGAUUUGAAUAAAACCAAUGGUCUAUCCAGUUCUCUCCCACCUACUCAGACAACCAAUCGUAAUGCAUUAAGCUAUUUAAAUUUACCACUGCAAAUAUUGCAAGCAUUACCAAAUCUUCGUCCCGGCAUGUCAAUUCUGUUGAAUGUUAAAAACGAACGGCCUCCAGGGCAAUUUGGUGCGGCUACUUCUGUUGCACUCGAAUCGCAGUUAUCUCCCGUUUUUACAAAUAGCACUGCCACGACAAGAAGUGACAACACUGUCUUCCUAUUACCCGGUUCUCAAAUCCCCAUUACCGGCACCUCUAAAAUUCAGACUCCACAGGGUGUACCGACUCAACAUGCGUGCCAUCUAAAUUCUAAUUUGGGACAGUCCGUGUUGUUCAUGCCGUCAGUACCGUCUUCGGGUGUGAGUUCUUUACUCUUACCAUGUGGUUUAAAUUCUGUGCCUGGCACAAAUCCUGGUGGAACAACAAAUGGUGCUUCAAGUGCACUGGCAGCUGGCACACAGUUCCUCCUACUACGUUCUCCAAAACCGGAGUUGAAGAUACCUGGACUGGUUCAGGCCUCCAACGUGAGUCCUGUGACUUCUGAAAUGACUUUUCUGCUUUCCACCAAUUCCACACCGAAGGUUCAGACAAAACCUAGCUUGUUGUUGAUUCCAACUGCAGUGCCAUCUUCUGGUCCUCAACAGACCUGCUUGUUUCCAACCAUUACGAGCCCUCUGAAUUUCCAACCGGCCAAUCCAAACUUGCUCGAUAACAGCACAAUCUCAUCCUGGGGUUACCGUCCACCAGAUUUGCAGAGUUUGCUAGGUCUCAAUUCGGGUUCUGCAUGUCUGCAAUUUGGAGUAGGGCAACCGACUGCGAAUGUUCAAAAUACUCUGUUAGCAGCUGCAUUAAACCGAUCGAUUUCGAACAAUCUAACAGCUUCGACUUUAACUUUUCCCAUAACAGUGCUCCCUACCAGUCCACAAACAUUACUCAUGUCCCCCUCUACCUCAGUUUUACAACCGUCUUCCAGUUUGAACACAUUACUACCAUCACCUCUGGCUUCAUCACUUAUGUCUAUCGCAACACAGACGGCUUCUAUGGUCACAACGGAUUCUUCAGUUUCAUCUGCUAAUUUAGAUCCGACUUCGAAAUUUCCUAUCGCGGCACAACCCGGUUAUCCAUCCACUUCCAUACCAAGUAAUCCAGCUCCCUCAAACACAUUAUCUACACCAGGGACCAUGAUUACUUGCGUUCCGGCUGCUACAAAUAACACUAAUCCUUCAUCCGUAUUCCCUCCAAAAAAACUUAUCGUUUUACCGUCAGCAGAUAAUCUCUUAUCUUCAUGUUCACGCUCUUCCGUACUGUCCGGUUCUACUCCCACUGUCUCAGUUGCAUGUCAACAAGCAUUCAAGAAUUCUGAUUCGAAAGUUCCCCUUCUAAGUUCUUAUGCACACCGACCCCUGUCACCGUGUGUUCUACCCUCUCCCACCGGUACAACAUCAACCAAAUCAGCGUCUCCAGUUCCCCAAUCAAGCACCACCAGUCAUGUAAAUUGUCGUCGACGUCAUCAGUGUCCUUAUUGUCCCAAGUCGUGUGAACGCAAAGAUAACCUGCAAGCGCAUAUCCGAACGCACACGGGUGAGCGACCCUAUCCAUGUCGGUUUUGCCCAAAAGCGUUCCCACAAAAAGAUCAUCUUCGUGCUCAUAUUCGCACACACACAGGCGAGAAGCCCUAUCGAUGCCCGCAGUGUAUGAAGGCGUUCGCACAAUUAGGUAACCUACAUCGCCAUGUGAAAACCCACAAACGAUAA